GCUACAUAAUUUAUCAGCGACAGUUAUACGGGAUGGCUUCUCACUUGGUGUGACGGUUCAGGAGAGAUUAUAUAUAUAUUGCUAGUGUUUGUCAGCCACAAAGAGUAGCUCGAUGUCAGAGAUGGAUGUCCGUGUACUCUUCGUCGCCUGUGUCUUGCCGGUGAUGGUGCUGGGCUUUCAAGACGGAGCAGGUGCCCAGGCUUGCCUCAAUCUCAUUCCCGUUCAUGACGGAACUACCGCAAACACCACACAAGCUCCUUACAGCAUCACAGUCAAUGCUACCUCUAUCAAACAAGGCACGACGGUAACAGUAACUCUGAACGCAACUGCCGCCGACGGAUACUUCAAGGGUUUCCUGGUCCAAGCCCGCUGUACCAAGUGUACCACUGCCGACACGGCCAUAGUGCCCGGGACAUUUGCCAAGUACACCGCCUCGGAUGACACUAUUCAAACCAAAAACUGUGCAGGAGUCGACCAGAACUCCAUCACCCAUACAAGUGCCGUUGAGAAGACCUCUGCCAUGUUCACCUGGACGGCGCCAUCUGAUUUUGACGUGUCUCAGGGCAUCGAGUUCAGAGCUGCGGUUGUCCAGACUAGACCAAUAUGGUGGAACACAGUGAUGUCUGACGAGAUCAGCGUCACCGCCGCCCCUAGCUCCUCAUCACAGUCUGCACUAGGGAUGGCUGUUGUCCUUGUCUCAAUCACGGCGUCUCUGUUACUGUAGGAGGUGACUGGUGUAUGCAGUUCAUAAUAAGCCCUUUAACAGUAUACUGUUUUCUGUCUUGGAAUUCAUGCAGGCCGUUCUGCAGCCAUUGGUGUACCCAAACCACUUUAAGAUGCUUCAUUUCACAUAUGCCGGCUGGUAAUUCCAUUGUAUGUUAUAACAAUAUGUAUAUCUCAGUGAAAAUAAGUAAGUUUAUCAGUAUUAUAGAAUAUUCUGUUCGUUUGGAAUAACACACAAUUAUUCAUCAUGUACGCUCCAGACAUAAGUCUGAAAUUCUUGAAUGUACUUGUAUUUCACUGUAUUGAGUGACAACUGUACAUCAAAGUAUAUUACUGGUAGUGAGGCAGACGCUGAGUCACUGUGUGGUUGUCAACGGAUACUGUUUUGGUGUCUAGGUUUCAAUGUACAAUGUCCCAUGUUCUCAAAGCAGCCUGAAUUUCAUGAUGCUAAAUAUUGUGCCUUUCCCCUGGUCAAUGUAACACACACUUAUUGUACAGUGACUGAAUGCUAAUAGAUUAACACCUUGACACAACCAGGCCAGUUCUACAUCUUCUACUCACAUCCUCCCACAAUAUAAAUAUCACAGCAGUCAGUCAACCUUACAACUGACCUGUCACUGCUAUGACGAUAUCGGAAUCCAAACAAAUCCCUCGUUGAACUCAAAGGUUUUUGCUGUUGUCUCAUACAAUGUUAUCUGUCUUUUUUCAGAAUUCUUAUUCCAAGUUCAUUUCCUUUCAUCACUUAAAUUUGAUCUUUAAUAAGGUUCUGCCAAAGGGAGGUAAAUGCCCCAUGGGAUUGUAAAUCAGUACGUGUACAUGAAAAAGUGAUGCAGUGGUGAACCAUCUUCAAGCUCAGCAACCAUUUCAUUUUAUUAGGCCUAAAACACUACUUUAGAGUUUUAUUACUUAGUCUCCUUUGGCCUUAAGACUUAUCCUAUUGUUUUAGGUACCAUUUAUUUUCCAUACGAUAAAUUUGAUAAUUAUUUUCUUUUGCUGUUCAGUUGGUCAAAAUGUGUAAACAUGUGCUUUCUUGUUUACUGGUUCUAUUGAUAGGUGCUAUAUAUUAUUUAAUGAUAAUCAAUUUACAGUAGUAUAAGGAAUUUCAAGGUAUGUUUAAUGUAAUUUGAUAAUUUUUACUGAAUACUGUGUACAAGGAACUAAAAGUUUAUUUACUGAAGGUUUGUUCAUUUUCAGUCAAUCUAAUACUACCACACCUAUUAUUGUAAGAAAGAUAAGGAAGAAAACAUAUAUAGAAACAAAGAAGAAUAAAGUAUCAUUUAAUUCCAA